AAGGGAGCGUAAAGUUUCCACCUUUCACUCUAGGGGCUAAUCUCAAAUCCUUCAUCUUCUUCAACCUCUGGUCUCUGUCAAUUCAAACAAAUCGUUUUUCGUCUCCUCAAUUUUGAAUUCAUUUAUAAAGAUUUCACCCUUUUCCUCCUCGAAUCUCGAAUUGCUUCUACUGAUUAUCCAAAUUUUCUUGAGGUUUGUAACGCUUUUGAAUUUGGGUUUUAGUGUCAAUCUGUAAUGAUGGAGGUAAGUUUGACGGCGGGAGCAAUCGGGAAGAUAAUGAAUGGAGAAGUGACGACUGAAGCAGAUAUGAUUCCGGUGUUGCAAGUGACGGAUUUGAAGCAGAUUAUGGCUCAACAAGAUCCAACAAGAGAGAGGUUUAGGAUGGUGUUAUCUGAUGGGACAUACUUGCAUCAAGGAAUGCUAGGAACUGAUCUCAACAAUCUUGUCAAAGAAGGGACUCUUCAACCCGGUUCUAUUGUUAGACUUACUCGUUUCGUCGGUGAUGUCAUCAAGGGUCGAAGGAUUGUUAUUGUUCCGCAACUGGAGGUGUUAAAACAGAUUUCUGAUAUUAUCGGGCAUCCUGUUCCAGGAGGAAAGCAUAAUGAUCAACGUGGAGCAGAUUCUGGUAUUAAGUUUAAUACAACUGAGCAACAAGGUAGUGGUAUCCGUCAAGUAAACAAUAUCGAGCCAGGGAGAAGUAAUGCAGCUAUUUCACCUCAGGUUGGUGGUACUGGUUCUAGUGUUCCUGCAUCAACAACACCUUCCACUCGGGCAUACAGCAAUCCGUCUUCAGGUAAUGGAGUCACUAGGCAGGACUAUGCUCGUGAUCCUCCAACAAGUUAUCCUCAUCAGCCUCAACCACCACCACCGAUGUAUGCAAACAGGGGACCAGUGGCUAGGAAUGAAGCACCUCCUAAGAUAAUUCCAGUUAAUGCUCUUAGUCCAUAUUCAGGUAGGUGGACCAUCAAGGCCAGAGUCACGAAUAAAGCAGCACUUAAGCAAUACAGUAAUCCCCGUGGGGAAGGGAAAGUGUUCAACUUUGAUCUUCUUGAUGCUGAUGGCGGAGAAAUACGUGUUACUUGUUUUAACGCUGUGGCUGAUCAAUUCUAUGACCAGAUUGUUGUUGGUAAUCUUUAUCUUAUCUCGAGGGGAAGUUUGCGGCCUGCACAAAAGAACUUUAAUCAUCUUCGAAAUGAUUACGAGAUCAUGCUGGAUAAUGCAUCAACUAUAAAACAAUGCUAUGAAGAGGAUGCUGCAAUUCCGCGCCAUCAGUUCCAUUUCCGUACCAUUGGGGAUAUUGAGAGCAUGGAGAAUAACUGCAUCGUUGAUGUAAUUGGUAUUGUGUCAUCUAUCAGUCCUACUGUAACAAUAACGAGGAAAAACGGAACUGCAACACCGAAAAGAUCACUUCAGUUGAAGGAUAUGUCAGGCCGAAGUGUUGAGGUAACUAUGUGGGGUGACUUCUGCAAUGCAGAAGGACAAAGGCUGCAAAGUCUUUGUGAUUCUGGUGUGUUUCCGGUUCUUGCUGUUAAGGCGGGCAGGAUUAGUGAAUUUAAUGGAAAGACAGUGAGCACCAUUGGAUCAAGUCAGCUGUUCAUUGACCCAGAUUUUGUUGAAGCUGAGAAACUGAAGAACUGGUUUGAGAGAGAAGGAAAGAGUGUCCCUUGUAUCUCCUUAUCUCGGGAGUUUUCCGGCAGUGGCAAAGUAGAUGUUCGUAAGACAAUAUCUCAAAUUAAAGAUGAGAAACUAGGAACCUCCGAAAAACCAGACUGGAUCACAGUCAGUGCCACAAUUUUAUACUUGAAGUUUGAUAACUUCUGCUACACAGCUUGUCCUAUCAUGAACGGUGAUCGUCCAUGCAGCAAAAAGGUAACAGACAAUGGAGAUGGGACAUGGCGGUGCGAAAAGUGUGAUAAAAGCGUUGAUGAAUGUGACUACAGGUAUAUACUGCAGCUUCAGAUACAGGACCAUACAGAUCUUACUUGCGUCACAGCAUUCCAGGAGGCUGGUGAAGAGAUAAUGGGCAUAUCUGCUAAAGAUUUGUAUUAUGUGAAGAAUGAACACAAGGAUGAGGAAAAAUUCGAAGAUAUCAUCCGUAAGGUUGCUUUUACCAAGUACAACUUCAAGCUGAAGGUAAAAGAAGAAACAUUCAGCGACGAACAGCGUGUGAAAGCAACAGUUGUGAAAGUGGACAAGCUAAACUAUUCAGCAGAUACCAGGACUAUGUUAGGUGCUAUGGAUAAACUCAGGACCAGAGAUGCAAAUUCUCUUCCCAUUAACCCAGAAGGAUCCGAUUACAAUGCUGAUGUGGUUAAUACUGGUAUAGGAAGCUCAGGAACCAGAGAUCCCUCAUCGGUCCAAAGAAGGGAUUUCGGUUUACAUGCGCAUCAAUCGGGUCAAUCUGGGAAUCACUAUAGUGGUGGUGGUGCUACUACUAGCUGCAAUGUCUGUGGAAACAGUGGUCAUGUUUCUGCAAAGUGUCCAGGCGCUACUAAGCCGCAAGAGCAAGGGCAGUACAUGGGUGGCUCUUACAGAGGCACGACGGGGAGUUAUGGAGGAGGACUACCGAGACAACAUGUUGGAAGCUACUGAGAGUCAUAAUCAUCAUCAUCUGAUGAUGCUCUCACUCUUUUUUUUUGUAGACUUUUGUUUUGGUAGAAUUAACUAAUGCCAAACUUUUCUGAAGUCUUUUAAGGUUAUUUAAGCAUAUUAGGUUCUCUUGUUUGGUUUCUUGAAAAUAUCAAACUCGUUUUGUGAUAUCUUUUUUUAAAAGUUUUUAGUGAAGAAUGCCUUUUUCUCUCAA